AAUUUACUACCAUUCCACAGUUGAGGAGCAUCUGUUCCUGUUCAGUCAGUCAUCUUUGCUGCUGCACAACCUGAGUAGUAGACUCUCCCACAGCUCACGGUUGCAUUGUAAUUUUUACAUAUAAAACCUGCUCCUCUGGUGAGCUUCUUCUCUGGUUCACCAUUGAGAAGAGCCAAGAAAGGUUCUACCUUUAUGGCUCUGUGCUGAGAUAAGAGUAGCAAGGAGCUACCUUCUGCUCGACUUUGGCCUUUACUCUAGUAUUUGAUCAAGAAGAGAGAAGAAAGGAGACUCCUUUGCGGUUUGGGAACCAUGUCCGGUGGGGUGGCGGUGGAGGCGGAGGAUUGCGGCUCCGGUUUUUUCUUAGGGCUGCCGGACGACGUGCUGGCGCUCAUCUCUGCCGGGCUCCGCCACGGUGACCUCUGCGCUCUUGCCCUCUGCUGCCGCGGCCUCCACGCGGCCAUAGCGGCCUCCGAGAGGGUCUGGCUCUCGCAGUGCCGUCGCCUCGGCCCGCCGCCCCACCUCCUUUCCAGGUGGCGAAUGGGCGUUCGCUCCUACCGCGCCCUCUGCCGCUUCCUCGCUGCCGUCGCACCGCUUCUUGGCAUAUGGGUGCAUCAGAACCCGGAGCUGGGCAACGUCGUCUGCGUCAUCUGGGGUUUCCUCUCCAUCGUCGGCGUCCGCGUCAUUCCCCAGGAACUCGGGCCCCUGGGCCUCGACGCCGGACCGCUUCUCUGGGCGCCGGUUUUCGAGAUCCUCGCCGAUGCCAACGGCGCGCCCUCUCGCUUCUUCCUCCACGGCCGAGACUGCGGCUUCGACUGCCUCUACCCUGGCUUCGUCCGAUCCAUCGAGUCCUCUUGCAACGUGCUCUUUCUAGAGGCCGAUGCCCGUCACAUAGUCUCCACCUUUCCCUCGAAACAGCAUUUGUUCCCCGCCCGGAGCUUCCCUGCCAUUUCUGAAUCCAAAGGUCCAAGUUUAGGAAGACAAUAUUGCCGGUCGUAUGCCACCGUAAUCUACCGUUCCUUGGCUGCUCCGCGGGCUUCUUCCCUUCCCUUCAACCGAUUGCCAUUUAGAGAUGGCCGCCGGCUUCUAGAAUUGGUGGCGGCCAGAGUCCGCCUCAAGGUCCCCCGGGACCUGGCCUCUGCUCCUCUAUUCGAACGUUCCUCUUUUUGCGAUGAUGCCAGUCUCUUGGCAGAUCGAAGGUUGGAGCUCAUCGAAAUGCUUAAGCUUAAUGGAGGAUGGAUCAAUCGGGAUGUGGCUGAGUUGGCAUUAGGUUUGAUGGAGCACCAAAGUGCUGAAAACAUCAACGCCAUCGACGACCGGCCAUGUCCUGCUGCUCACCAAGGGAGAGCCUUUUCCUCCAUAACUGGGUACUUUAAACAAUUCAUGGGCAGGUCCAGCUUUCCCAGUGCAUCCUGUUCGAUUUCGAGAAAUGGGAGUUCUUCGGGCAGCAGCAAGAACAAGCAUGCGCAGCUCCACGAGUUCUUGAGGUCAGGCGAUCUCAUCGGACUGAGCUUACGAGCAACACACAUGAGGCUAACUACGUACAGGGCAUGGCCGAACAUGCACGACAGCAGGAUCGCGCUGUAUAAACUCCCAUUACAGGGUCCAAUGGCUGGCCGAGAGUAUGCAGGCCUGUGGGGUGGCACCUUUGGCUGGCCUCCGGGACAGCCUUCCGAGGGCAAAUCAGAGAAGGCCUUGUUCUUCUUGUUGCUUUCUUACGAGGAGGUCGAAGGUCAUCUUCUGCUAAUUGGCACCAAGAUACUGGAAGGAACCCAUUAUGUCCUCCACCCCAAUGGCUCGGCAACGUUCAUCGCGAAGAUGGAUGAGAUAGGAUCAGAACCAUUCCCAUGGGAGACUAGUGCUGAGUCUCUUCAGGUGGAAGUAAAAAAUAGUUACUCCGGGGAGGGGAUUGUGAGUGGUUAUGGGUUCCAGUACCCAGGAUCGAAGCCUGGCUCCUUGUUCGUGCUCCAGAAUGGACUACUUGCAUUUGUGUGGAAGGAGUCGAAGUCUGUCCUGACCUUGCAGAGAGUAGAUUUGCAAGAGCUUCUAAAGAAAGGAGAAAGAGUGCCCGUGUUGCCGCCAAUUGCAAACUUUGCCUAUCUUACAAAGUCUUACUCCAACGUCUUCGCAGGCUUCCCUACUAAUUCAGAAAAUGGCAUGCUACUUACUGAAGCACUUGCCUUCUCUGAAACUGUAUGACUUGAAAAAAAAAAAAAACGCGGGGAGACCACUUAUCAAUGAACUUUCAUGAAAUCAUCGAGUGAUGGACCAACUAAGAUUCGGAUGCUUAUUUGUGAAGUUCUCUGCGGAGAAAGGCUUCUUAGGAGUUUAGAUGAAGGGGUUCGUGGCAGAUGAUAGGACUCACUUUCAGAAUUAUGAGGUGAAUGGAAGAGUGAUCUGCUGCCAUGCGGUUUCAUUCCACAUAUCUGAUAAAUCCUCAAGAAUCAAGUGGUUGGAAGCUGCCAAGUGAGCAUCAACUAUAGGAGUUUUGUGAAGCUCAUACGAUCAGUGGGCAUAACUCUAAAACCGUCGUUGCUCUUGCUCCUGAUCGAGAAACGGAGCAGACGUACUAGUGGGUCUCUGAGGUCGAUGCUAAUUGUUCAAUGUUGCAGAUCGGAAUUUGCCUUUGUUCAAGCUGGUUACUCGAUUUAAUUGUGUUGGUCCAUCGAAGGCAAAGCAUCAACUCUUGAAACAUGACAGACUGCAGACCAAAGCUUCUUCCGGUUGGCACAACCAAAGAGAAUGUCUCAGAAGCUUUUCCACAGAUUAAGCAAUCAAUCUACGGUGUCAAAGGCCAUCCUUUGUCUGCAUGAGAUUUCUCAAGUGUGAAACCUGUUAGAUGGCUACUUAGUUUGUCCUCUCUUCACUACAUCUGAUAGAAUGUACGAGGCAUAUUGAUCCGGGCAAAGUGUUUUCAGUCAAUGAAGCUUUUGAUAAGUACCGAAUGAACUUAUCUUCCGUUCUACAAUAUGGAAGAACAUUGUAGAAUUAUCCCAAGAGCAUAUUUAUUCUGAGUGAGAAUUCAUGAAUAAAAUUAGUGGUCAAUUGUGUAA